CCCCCAACUCCAGGGCUGGGGAGGGGUGUUACCGGAUCAUCUGAACCUCAAUUGGCCCCCUCGGGGGAAUGGGAGGGCUCAUCUUUGGCAUCUGUCACACUUGUAGCUUCCUCUGUGCUCCGCCUUUUUCUUGGGGGGAGUGAGAGAGUUGAGAUUCUCCACCCACCCCCCUCUCACACCGAGGCAUUCUGGGGGCCCUGGAAGGAGGGAGUUGGGGGGCCUGGCUUGUGAGGGGUUAAGGCCUGGAGGCGGGAGGGGGCCGGACCGAGGGGUGGGGAGAAGGGGAGGAGGCCUCAGCAGCCAGCAAAGAGAAGUGUCCAGAGAGGCCCAGGGGACAGCCAGGGACAAGCAGACAUGCGGCCUGGGCCCAGGGGCCUGGACAGGGGCUGCCAGGCCCCGUGACGGGAGGACCCCGAGCCCCCGGCCCGGGGAGGGGGCCAUGGUGCUGCCUGCCCGACAUGUCAGCCGAGGUGCGGCUGAGGCGGCUCGAGCAGCUGGUGCUGGACCCCGGCUUCCUGGGGCUGGAGCCCCUGCUCGACCUUCUCCUGGGCGUCCACCAGGAGCUAGGUGCCUCCGACCUGGCCCAGGACAAGUAUGUGGUGGACUUCUUGCAGUGGGUGGAACCCAUCGCGGCGAGGCUUAAGGAGGCCCGACUGCAGAGGGAUGACUUCGAGAUUCUGAAGGUGAUCGGACGCGGGGCGUUCAGCGAGGUAGCGGUGGUGAAGAUGAAGCAGACGGGCCAGGUGUUCGCCAUGAAGAUCAUGAAUAAGUGGGACAUGCUGAAGAGAGGCGAGGUGUCGUGUUUCCGCGAAGAGAGGGACGUGUUGGUGAACGGGGACCGGCGCUGGAUCACGGAGCUGCACUUCGCCUUCCAGGACGAGAACUACUUGUACCUGGUCAUGGAGUACUACGUGGGCGGGGACCUGCUAACGCUGCUGAGCAAGUUUGGGGAGCGGAUCCCUGCCGAGAUGGCGCGCUUCUACCUGGCUGAGAUUGUCAUGGCCAUCGACUCGGUGCACCGGCUGGGCUACGUGCACAGGGACAUCAAGCCGGACAACAUCCUGUUGGACCGCUGCGGCCACAUCCGCUUGGCCGACUUCGGCUCCUGCCUCAAGUUGAGGGCGGACGGGACGGUGCGGUCGCUGGUGGCUGUGGGCACGCCGGACUACUUGUCCCCCGAGAUCCUGCAGGCCGUGGGCGGCGGGCCCGGGCCGGGCAGCUACGGGCCGGAGUGUGACUGGUGGGCGCUGGGCGUGUUUGCCUACGAAAUGUUCUACGGGCAGACGCCCUUCUACGCGGAGUCCACGGCCGAGACCUACGCCAAGAUCGUGCACUACAAGGAGCACCUGUCUCUACCGGUGGCGGACGCAGGAGUCCCCGAGGAGGCUCUCGACCUCAUCCAGCGGCUCCUGUGCCCUCCAGAGAUGCGGCUGGGCCGGGAUGGAGCAGGUGAUUUCCAGAAGCAUCCUUUCUUCUUUGACCUCGACUGGGAAGGUCUCCGAGACAGCAUGCCCCCCUUUACGCCUGAUUUCGAGGGUGCCACAGACACGUGCAACUUCGAUGUGGUGGAAGAUGGGCUCACUGCCAUGGAGACACUGUCAGACAUACAGGAAGGCGUGCCGCUGGGGGUCCACCUGCCUUUCGUGGGUUACUCCUACUCCUGCAUGGCCCUCAGGGACGAUGAGGUCCUGGGCCCCACACCCAUGGAACUGGAGGCUGAGCUGUUGCCUGAGCCACCUGUGCAAGUGCCCAGCCCGGAGCCCACAGUGCCCGCACUGGAGAAAACAGCUGAAGCGGCAGUCCUGGAGGCCGAUGCGGAGGCCGUUCCGGCGGUGGCGGAGGCCGAAAUGACGCUGCGCGAGCUCCAGGAGGCCCUGGAGGAGGAGGUGCUGACCCGGCAGAGCCUGAGUCGGGAGCUGGAGGCCAUCCGCACGGCCAACCAGAAGUUCGCCAGUCAGCUCCGCGAGGCCGAGGCCCGGAACCGAGACCUGGAGGCGCAAGUCCGGCGGCUGCAGGAGCGGAUGGAGCAGCUACAGGCCGAGGGAGCCGCAGCUGUCACGGGGGUCCCUAGUCCCCGGGCCACGGAUCCACCUUCCCAUCUAGAUGGUCCCCCGGCCGUGGCUCUGGGCCAGUGCCCGCUGGUGGGGCCAGACCCCAUGCGCCGCCGCCACCUGCUGCUCCCUGCCAGGGUCCUUAGGCCUAGCCUAUCGGAGGCGCGUUCCCUGCUGUUCGCCGCUGCUCUGGCUGGUGCCGCCGCCCUGGGCUGCGCUGGGUUGGUGGCCUGCGCCGGCCAUCUCACCCCGGUCUGGCGCCGCCCGGGAGACGCCUUCGCCCCCUGAACCCUAGAGCCCCAGCCUGUCCUCCUCGGGCCCCGCUGGAGGGUUGGGUGACCCGGGAACGGCCCAGAAGCCACUCCCACCGCCCCGUUGACAGCAGUCCCAGCGUGGGUCUCCGCCCCAGCUCCAGCCCUGUGAUCCGGGCCCGCCCCCUGGCGGCCGGGGAGGGAGGAGCCGGGCCCGCGGCCGGAGCACAGGGCGCAGGGGAGGGUGGUAGACGGGAAUGACGCUGCUGCGGCUGCGGCUGCGGCUGCGGCUGCUGCUGCUGCUGGGGGGGAAUCGCGGACCACUUCCUUCCUCCGGCCGGGCUGAGGCCUCGACACAGACGGACAAACUGCGAUCUCGAGAAGGCAGCAGGGCCAGGGCUCGGCCAUCC